AUGUCAACCGACGCCCAGGACGCUGCCAGAGACCUAGGAAUCCCCGUCACGGCCGUUGACGACCAAGCAAGGCUAGGAGUUCAAGGUCCAAGUCCAAGUCCACGCCGGUCGACUCCCCCGCGACAGAUGCGCGAUUGGCGAGCCUUUGGUUUGGCCAUGGCCAGCAGCCAGAUGCCAGAUGCCAGGCCUGCAGCGGGCGCUCCACACGCUGCAACUGCAACUGCACCCAACCGCGCCGUUCCCCAGGGGCAAAAGCACAGAAGAGAUACCAGCACCAGCACCAGCAGCACGCGUCGACACGGCCGGACACCGAGCUGGGUCGGGCCUUGGGGAGAGCGGCUGGCUCCUGGGAGGAAUCGUGCCGGCCCGGGCUGGCAGGCUGCGGAACCUGAUGGUGGCUGGCGGGCUGGCUCUACGAUCCUUCCGAAGUCUUUCACGCUCAAAUAA